AUGGAUGCAAAUACUCAAACACGCGUUGGUCUGACCUUCAUUUCUACUGGAUCUGUCCAGAUCAAACUGCCUAUGAAAAAUCAGCCCGUAAAAACUUAUUUGGACCAAUUUGUCACACUCCGCCGACUCCGCUGCAUCGCCAAUCGACAAUGGACUGACCCCAUGCCCAUCGGCGUUUUCCUCAUAUCUCAUCCUGACGGUCCGAUUCUAUUCGACACGGGAGAAUCACCUUGUUUCAAUGACCCCGGCUACCUGCCGUAUUACAGUCCAACGAAGAUGUUCAGCAGCGUUGACAUUAGGCCGGAAGACGGAAUCGUCAACCAGCUGAAAGCGCAUGGCGUGGAGCCGCGCCAUCUUCAGGCAAUCGUCCUGAGUCACCUCCACGGCGAUCACGCAGGUGGACUCAAAGACCUGAGGGCGGCCGCACCGGACGUCCCCGUCUUCGUGAGCGCCGAGCACUGGGCUGCUUUUGGAAACAGCCCGAUCCACGCAACGUUAUCCGGCUGCGUCCCACAGCACUGGCCGGAAGGAUUCCAGCCGACUCUGAUCGAUUUUUCGGGCAGCCGCGUUGGCCCAUGGGAGAACUCAGGGAGAAUCACGGCCGAUGGGACUAUCGUUGCAGUGCACACCCCUGGCCACGUCCCGGGCCACAUUUCGUUGGUCGUCUACGGCAAUGAUGAUGAUGGCACCAGCACGACAUACUGCUUGCUUGGGGACGCGAGUUACGGAUUGGAUCUGCUGGAUAAAGAGGAGCCCGACGGCAUCAACGACGACCCUAUGUCGGCGUUGAAGAGCUUGAGGAAGAUCAAGUCGUUUGCUCAACAAAGCGAUGUAGUCGUCUUACCAAGCCAUGAUCCGGAUACCCCUCGCCUGCUCAGCAACCGGAUAUUGUACAAGCCAAAGGAGUCAUCAGGUUCUGUAGGAUCCAUAUGA